AGUUUGCUGACUCGUUAGUUUCUCAAGUUCGGCUGUGUGCUCAACAUUACAAAAUAAUAAAACCUCUCAUAAAUAUAGAGUCAAGAAGAAAAUUUGGUUUUCCUUUAAAAAAAAAGAAUUAAAAAAAAAAUCGAUUUUUUGUUUUUGGUUUUUUUAAAAAAAGGGAUUUUUCAUUCCUGACAAUUAUGAAGUCAGUAAUUGUGUUAUUAUUGGUGGUAUCGAUGGUAUUUGCCGAUACAAAAUACAGCUCAAAAUAUGACAAUGUGGAUGUCGACAGAAUUCUUCAAAAUAAUCGAAUUCUCUCGAGUUACAUUAAAUGUAUAUUAGAAACUGGAACUUGUACACCGGAGGGUCGUGAACUCAAAAGAACACUACCGGACGCUUUGAUCACAAGUUGCCUGAAAUGUAACGAAAAACAAAAAACAACCGCUGAAAAAGUAAUUAAACAUCUUAAAACGCACAGACCAAGUGAUUGGAACAGUCUUCUUGCAAAAUACGAUCCCAAGGGUCAAUACAGAAAGAAUUACGAACAACAUAAGUCCACGCAAGCCUAAAACUUUGGAAAUUUUGCAAACAACAAAAAAAUACUCUUUUUUUCACAACAAAAAAAUUUCGUUUUUUAUUUAAAAAACAAACAAAAACCUGAUUUAAAAAUGAAAUAAUAAUACUUAUGUAUCAGA